GUUCAUUUAUCAAGGAAGUAUAGCUUACAAAUUCUUUAUUCGAUUGUUUAAUUAGACAUAAAUUUUCCUGUUCUUAUUGACAGAUGGCAAUUUUAACUCUUGCGUAAUCUGAUAUAUAUAGAAAAAACUGUGCAUCGAAGGACACAAAUUACAAAUACAAUACAAAUACGAAAACAAAUUCGAAGAAUAUGCAUUUGGAAUACGUGUUUGUGCUAUUGCUGGUAAAAUUUAACUGUUAUCUAUGCGAGGAGACUGACACUAACACUAACGAUGAGCCGCGAUGCAGUAAGUUUGACUAUGAUCUUGAAAUGAUAAGAACACUCGUGAAACUUGAAGAAAAACUUAAAGCAUUCCAAGUAGAUCUGACAACACUUAACGCCAAAAUGGAGAAAGUGUCUGCUGACGGCCAUGGAUCUGUGUAUGCAAGAUGGGGAAGAAAUUCGUGCCACCCUGAUGCUGAGUUGAUAUAUAAUGGUUAUAUCGGAGGUAAACUUUGGCAGAACCAGGGCAGUGGUAGCGAUUCCGUAUGCCUACCUUCGGACCCGACAUGGUCUAAUUACAGUGAUGGAAAUGACCCUUACAGAGGACGUAUGUACGGAACAGAGAUUAACCCAGUGUCAGAUGACGUAGGAAUAUUUCCGUACGCUGUUGAACAACAAGACAUGCCAUGUGCCGUUUGCAAGACCUUUAAGUCUAUUACUCUAAUGAUUCCUGCGAGAGAAAGUUGUUACGCUGGAUGGAAACUUGAAUACAGUGGCUAUCUUAUGACAAAUGACCACGAACAUGUGGGAUCUCAUAAUCAUAUAUGUGUGGAUAGCCGUCCGGAGUUUCUGCCUAAAAAUUAUGGCAACGACAAUGAGCAUACUGUAAUGCUUGUUGAGUCACAUUGUGGUUCUCUCCCUUGUCCUCCGUAUGUCCAGGGAAGGGAGCUGGCCUGUGUGGUUUGUUCAAUAUAAUAUAAAACUACA